GAGGAGACUGAAGACUGGACAAACGCUUUUGAAUUUGAUGAUUAAGAAAGUUGUUGGAUUUAGUAACAACAUAAACAGAAACUGCAAGGCAGUUUCAGUAAUAAAGUGUAGAUGAGAGACAGAUUUCAAAGGAUUAAAGAAUGAAGACUUAGACUUCCAGCCAAGCUGUGGUCCCAGAAGAUGCUAGUCAAGCUCAGUUCUCCCUACAGCCACUUCAGGAAAGAUCCUUCGUGGGAUUGCCAUUGAAUUCUUCCCUGCUUCGACGCUUCAUUCUCUGCUAGCUCGAGAGUUCUGUUGGGGGAGAUCCUGUUUCAGGAGCUACACGGCUGUGAUCCCUUCAGCUCCCCUGGAAGCACGGAGAGUGCUCUCCCUCAGGCUUCCUCCCUCUGGGUUUCUGAGCAGUCGUGAUGGAGAACUCCUCAGCAGCUUCAGCCUCCUCCGAGGCAGGGAGCAGCCGUUCUCAGGAGAUCGAGGAGCUGGAGCGCUUCAUUGACAGCUAUGUGCUGGAGUACCAGGUGCAGGGGCUCCUGACCGACAAGACGGAGGGCGAUGGGGAGAGUGAGAAGACGCAGUCCAACAUCUCCCAGUGGCCUGUGGACUGCAAUGACCAGUUGGAUGGCAGUUGUUCAUCCUCCCAAGGGAGAGGCCCCUCUCAACAGAAUGGCAACAAAGACAACUCUAUGGACAUGUUGGGUACUGAUAUCUGGGCUGCCAAUACCUUUGAUUCUUUCCGGUGUGGAAAAGGGAAGCUGGAAGAUGGGGAAGGAAUCAACUUGAACGACAUAGAGAAAGUCCUCCCUGCCUGGCAGGGUUAUCAUCCAAUGCCCCACGAAGCAGAGAUUGCACAUACUAAGAAAUUAUUCCGACGGAGAAGAAACGACCGGAGGAGACAGCAGAGGCCCCCAGGUGGGAACAAGUCCCAGCAGCACAGUGACCACCAACCAGGCAGUGCCAAACACAACAGAGACCACCAGAAAUCCUACCAGGGGGGCCAGGCACCCCACCCCUCAGGGAGGCCUAACCACCAUGGCUAUAGCCAGAACCGACGGUGGCACCACAACAACCCAAAACAUCCACCCGGCGACAAGGAGGCUGCUACCCACCGCAACAACGCCAAAGAAACGGAGAGUCUGAAGAUCGAGGAUGCCCCUGUGUGCACAGUGCAUAUCCCCCUGGACAUGCACCGGAACCCCGAUGCCCCACCAACGGAUAGGUCACCACCUCAGCAGCCUGGAGGCCUGGAGGUGGAGGCCAAACGAAAAGACAGUAUUAUUAAUGAUCGGAUUGGGGAGCGGCCCAAAAUUAACCUGCUCCAGUCUUCCAAAGACAGGCUGAGGCGAAGACUAAAGGAAAAGGUACCGGAAGAAGUAACAGUGAUGCCACCCAAUCCCCAGAGGAAUAAGAUGGACAAGCUGAUAGAGAUUCUGAACAGCAUGAGGAACAACAGCAGCGAUGUGGAUGCCCAACUCACCACCUUCAUGGAAGAGGCCCAGAACUCCACCAACUCUGAAGAGAUGCUGGGAGAGAUUGUCCGAACCAUCUACCAAAAGGCCGUGACAGACCGUAGUUUUGCCUUCACGGCUGCGAAACUCUGUGACAAAAUGGCCCUCUUCAUGGUGGAAGGGACCAAGUUCCGGAGCCUUCUCCUCAACGUGCUGCAGAAAGAUUUCACCAUGCGGGAGGAGCUACAACGCCAAGACGUGGAGCGCUGGUUGGGAUUCAUCACCUUCCUCUGUGAGGUGUUUGGUACCAUGCGCAGCAGCACUGGGGAACCAUUCCGUGUCCUUGUCUGUCCCAUCUACACCUGCCUCAGGGAGUUGUUGCAAUCUCAGGAUGUGAAGGAAGAUGCAGUCCUUUGCUGUUCCAUGGAGCUGCAGAGCACCGGUCGACUGCUGGAAGAACAGCUGCCCGAAAUGAUGACAGAACUCUUGGCCAGCGCCCGGGACAAGAUGCUGUGCCCUUCGGAGUCGAUGCUGACACGGUCGCUGCUUCUCGAGGUCAUCGAGCUGCAUGCCAACAACUGGAACCCCCUGACACCAACCAUCACCCAGUACUACAACAAAACCAUCCAGAAACUGACAGCCUGAGGAGGCAGGGUGGGGUGGGCCGGGAGGGCAGGCAGGCCAGGGGGCCCCAAGGAGGGCGGGGAACAGGAUGGGACAGGACAGGACCGGGAGGAAAGGGGAUGGCCGGAGUAGGAGAAAGACCGUGCACCUAAAUGAAAGCAGAAAAGCAGGGCAGAAAGGCCCAAUGGCAAAUCGAGAGAGGGAAAGGAGCAAAACCCUCAGGAGCCGAUACCUAAGGGGAGCCACCACCCCCUGCUCCAUGCAUGCAGCAAUACACAUCCAUAAAGGAUGCAUGUCUCUUUUUAGCAGGGGCCCCCUGCCAUCUCCCUACCUAUUUUCUUAAUUCCUUAUCCCCCUGCUUCCCACUUCAUACCCUGCAGGGUUUCUGUUGGAGGGGGUUCAUUCUUGUGACUCCAUGACAGCCGUGACAGACGCUCACUCACCCUGGGACACCAUUUGGGUCAGAAAAGACCACAGAGGGUUGAAAACAGGCCUCCAAGUCUGGCCUGGUAUUGUUUCUCACCCCACCCCACCCCCACUCCCUUUAUGUCAGUUUGCAGUAGCCAACUGGCGGAGGCGACGCAUGGCAGAUGUCUUGGGAGGACAAAAGAACACAAGGUCCACACCAGACGCUUGUAAUUGACGACUUUUGUCCAGCAGAGCUUAGUUUGGGUAGGGCUUGGGAGGUCUCCUCCAGCCCCUCACCCUCCACCGGACUGACUUCAGUUGUCUUCCCUUUAAUUCCUGAAACACAGGAGGAGGAGGGAUGUUUGCGGUUCUAUUUGCACUCUUGGGAGACUGUUUUUAUAAAAAGACAGUGACUUUGAAGUCUCUUUUCUCUGUGAGGAGAGCCUCCAGUGUACACUCUGUGAGCACCCCCUGAGUGGCAGGGAGUGCAGGUCUGGGGGUGGGGGGCACCACAAUCCAGGCCUCAGAGCUAUAGUAGCCAUUUAAGAUAAUCAAAUACUUCAGGUCCAGCAGGGGCUUCCUCCAAGAAACCCACGCUAUGCCAUGUCCUUUGGGCACUGACCUGUGAUUAUCCCUCCUCCCUAAGUUCUGUACUGGAGUCCUUAGCACUAUAUACAUAAGACUGCUCAGUUAACUUAGCCCUAGUCCCAGAGGACCUUGGGAAAUACAAGGAAAAGAGGCUGGUAAAUGGGAGUGGGAGUUGGGGGGGCGGGGAGGAAGCCUCAUGGUGUUUGAAGGCUCAAAGGAAGUAUUUCCACUGAUGUAUAGUGUGGUCUGUUCUCAGGGCCUCAGGCUGCAAGAUGAAUGACAUUGCCCAGGGUGCUAUUCUGACUAGCCCCUGUCUUCAUUGAUUGGGCCUAUGUCAUGGUACCCUAUGGAAGGAAGCUCCCUACCAAGAUCAAAAGUCAGUCCAGAAGUAUCUCUGUGGCCUAGAGAGGGAGGGUAGAAGCCAAGCAAGCACUCAUUGGAGCACAGUGUUAUUAGGAAGAGUCAUGAAAGUGGGUACUUCAGGAUGGAGAUAUUCCAGAGCCAAUGUUGCAACCAGUGUUAGUGCAUGAGACGGCUUUCUAGGUUUCUGAGGCUCAGCUGGGAUCACCUGUAUUAACAUCCUGGGUUUUGUUUUUUUCCGCAAAACCCUGUCCUUCCCCCAUACCUCUACCUGGCUGCAUGAAGUUCAAUACAGUUUGUACUGUUUUGAGUAAUAGUAACAUGGACCAGAUAGAGAAAUCUCAUACCUGGACUUGGGCCUGUUUCUUGGAAGCCAGGAAGGUUGUCUAGGACAACUCUAGUUAAACAUUUUCAAUGGGCUCUUGAACGACUCAUUUUCUGGGGACAAGAGACCUGAACAGGGACCAGGAAAUGAUGUCAGAUUUCAGCAGCUUCCUUAUUUGCUCCUUUAUUAAGGCUUGCCACUCACUAAAUCAUCUCUCUGGCUGCUCAGGCCCAAAGCCUGGUAGACCUGAGGAAUUAGAGUGAGAUGUAAGGAAAGGAAAGAUGGUCUCCUCCCAGCCCCACUGUGACCAAACCUCAGAGUUGCUUUCCCAAGCAAGAGAAUUCACACUCCCCUGAGUCAGGUGGGUCCCUGACAUUCCCCAAGUCCACUCCCUGGCAGAUGAUUUUGCAUGGCCAUUCCCUGAAAACCCGCCCACCCACCCAUAUGAGAGGAGAGAAGAGUAGAGGUCUUCCCUAACCCUGGGGUUCUCAGACUGUACCACAGGAGCUAAUGAGGCAGCUGUCCUCCUUACCACAUACAUCUUCAUUUUUUUUUCUCCCUCAGUCCUCUUUUUCUCUUUUUUUCUCAUCAACCUCCCAUUCUUUUCUUUUUCUCAUGCCCUCUUUCUUUCUCCUAUUCCCCAACUCCUUAAGCUUGCCACUGCUCCCCAGGGACUUGCUCAGCCCUAACAGAGGCCUAUGGUAUAAAAAGAUUACCAGCUGUUGGCCUGAAUUGUUCAGUGAUGGUGAGAAUACUUGUAGAAAGCCAGAAGAAAGACAGUCUCCUAAUAGACUCAGCCAGUCCUUGUCAGGAGAGAACAGUAAAGGGCAGAAACAACCAAUCCACCUGAUGAGAGUAAUCAAAGGAGACCUUCUAAAGCUAUAAAUAUGUGUGGAGUGGAUCUGGUCCCAAAGCUCUGGUGAAAUCAGGAGAAAUAACUAGAUGUGAACCACCUGUGAGCUAUGGGAUCGGAGAGGAAGAAUGGGGAGUGGACGAACUGAGGGAAGAAGGGCAUGGACAGUGUAAAACCAAGACAAGAAGUUCUGAUGUGUAUAGCGGGGCUUUCUCAAAAGGCCUUCUCAUGGACAAGGCCCCUUGCAGGAGCUAUGGAGGCAUGUCCCCAUGGUCCCCAUUUGAAGGGUCCCCAGUAGGGCGGUGAGGCUUACUUCCUCCAGUUCUCCCACGCUAACCUGUGAGCUUGCUCCUUAACUCUCAUGGCGAUAGUGUGGAAAAAGUAAAAUAGUAUACAUAUAUAUAUACAUAUAAAUAUAUUUUUAAUUACAUAUUGUGUCAUGGUGGCUUCCGGCAUACAUACGGUUUACACAGGUCAAUCUGUUGCUUUAAAGCGCUUCCUGGCCAAUCUGAAUAACCAUUUAAAGCCGUUUUCUAUAUCUAGUUGCUGCUACUUUUACAGACUUGUGAAAAGUGCUUCAGAGAUUUAAAAUAAUAAUAAUAAGCCUAAACUCUGGGGAGCCAUCAUCUGAUAAGAACAUGGGCAGGUCUAAAGCAAUACUCUGCCCACCCUCAGAAAGCCCUGAUCCCCCAGCCCUGAACCUGGGGCCAUUUCUGGCCUUCACCUGGUGAACUGUGGUAGGCCCAGUUUGACCUCUAAAUGUAUUCAAGGGAAACCCGAAACAGAGGAAGACUGGAUCUUUCCUUUCUAAGGCUUCAAGUUCAUACCCAAUUGACCACAACUUUCUGAGAACAUUUAUGAAGCCAAGCCACGAUAGCCAGUGGUCAUUCUUAUUUAAGCACUUUCCCCAGUGGGCCAGCCUACCCAAGGGUCAGCUUUUAUCACCAUUUUCCUUCAAAAGAAAUGAGAUCACCUAGCUGUAGUCUUAGGCAUCAGGCUGAAUAGUUUCAGUCCAUUUCUUUGUACUACAGCCCAAACUGACUCCUAACCUUUGCUAGACAAGACCAGAGAACUGCUGAAACACUGGAAACCCACCUUCCUCUGGAAUUACUCUCCAGUUAAUUCAGUCUGCCUAGGUUUGUCUUGCUGUCAGCUGCUUUGUAAACUUAAGUUUUUGGAUCGUCCUGUCUAUCCAUGUAAAUGUAAUUGUUGGCCGAGGUAGUAUUUAUUUCUUAUUUUUAUUUUAUUUUAUUUUAUUUUUCUAAGGGAUGGAAGGAGCUUGAAAUAUGUCACUCACUGAUCAUGCCUUGGAAAAUCUGCAGGAGGCAGAACCCCAGAUACCAAGGCCAUCAGCCAGGGCCUGGAUCAUGACGUAGGGAGGGGGAAGUAUCCCCAAGGCUGUGGUCAGAAGCUGUUAUCUGGCAGCAGGAAUUAGUCAGCUCUUCUCUUAGAAACUGUCUCCACUGGGAGCCAAGUGGGAGGGGGGAAGGGGUUGACAGUGAGGAGUGAGAAUCCUUUACCUGAUCUGAGAUUCCCAUGUUGGGAAAACUGAGAAUGGAAGUGCACAGAGGACAGAAGAUAGGCAGAUUCUCCUCUGCUCCAAGCAUUUACACAGGUAGUCCUGAGGUCCCAUGCCUCCCAGAAGUAUGCUCAUGAUCCCAUAAGGACCUAUCUCUGGGGGUUCCAUGGAUCCCUGUUAAAGCGUCUGCGUGAAUUUGAGACACAAUGGAUAACCUCUUCCUUGAUAUGUACCACUUUUCAGCUGGACCCGAGAUACUAGUGGGUUUAAUUAAUAAUAAAUCAGAAUCCCACAAAACCCCCACCCCUUAGCUGUAUGUGUGUGUGUGUGCGCGCGCGCAUGCGACAAAGGAGGGACCUCUUCUGCCCCAAAUCAAACACAUCUAAUGGCAUUAGUGGGGACCUCAGAGGAAAUGCUGCUGAAGACUCGGGGUGGCUCAGAGAUUUACAGUAGCUGGUUUCAAUGUAGGUUGGGGAUCAGGAUGUGCUGGGAGGACCAGAGACAGAGGUUGAAUGCCAGGGUGAUAGGCAGAGGAUAGGGCACAGGGGAAGGAGAGAAUACACACAGAACAAGCCAGAGGCUCGGGCUGCAGAGCGACAAGCUGUCAGCAGAAAAUCUACCCGGCACAGAAUUAGAUUGGUUCAGUUAAUGGGGAAGGGUUUCCAGACAGAAGGUUUGUGUUUCCUCACAGUUACUUGGCUUCUGUUUUUCCCCAGAGCAGUGUUCCCAUGCAGGCAAGUAGAAGAAGCUCAUUUGAGGAAGGCUGUGAUUCAAAAGGAUGGGGAUGAACUGAAUUGAGGUGCUUGGGAGGGCAAGUGGUUGGUUCUCCAGCUCCAAGCAGAUAAGUCUACAGAGACUGAUCAUCCCCAAAAGGCCUGGCCAUUUAUUUUCUUAUGAUGACAUAUACUUUAUUUUUGCAGCAACCCUCACACAGCAGGGCUCUGGAGAAACCUUCCUCCUAGUCAGAGCCUCUCCCUCUAGGCUUAUACUCAGUCUGGGACUUAACUGCUUGCCCCAUAAUUUCACAGGGCUGGUCUCAGGGGGCCAUCCCCAGCCCCACUCCUCUCCAAAGAUGCCCCUGGGGAAAGGAGGCAAGGACAUUCAUUGCAAUGGUGGGGUGGGGGGAGUGGGGAGGGAGGAGAGGGCCCAACUUCCUCUAACUCAACCAUGGAAUCAUGCACAUAAGAGAAGCUAGGGAAGGAUAUAAUAUCUCUAUAUAUUUAUUGUGUUGGAGAAGAUAACAUUUUAAUUUAAUCAUUGAUCAUAUUUGUUAAACUAAAAACUUUUUUUUAAGAAAAUGCAAGGGUGGGAUGGGGAGGAGGGGGGAGCAGUUAUGCAAGGGCCUGGGUAAGGGCGAAUCUUAUUGAGGACUGCUGAUACUGAGAGACGAGACAGUUCUGAAACGCUGUAUGCUAUGAAAUACAUUGUCUGAGUAAUAAAUGUUUCAACCCUGACAUUUCAUCA